AUGCCCCAACUCAACCCCGCACCUUGAUUUGCCAUUCUAGUCUUUUCAUGACUAAUUUUCCUAACCGUUCUUCCCCCUAAAGUCCUAGCACACACUUUUCCCAAUGAGCCCUCGCUCCAAAGCACUGAGACCCCUAAAACAGAGCCCUGAAACUGACCAUGACACUAA